GUGACAUUCAUAGUAAGGAACCAGUUCCUUCAAAAAAAAAUAAAAAAUAGUAAGGAACCAGGCACCCCUUUAUAAAUUUCCAAACUCCUUCACCUCAUUUUAAGCCACCAAAAUCUCUCCAACACUCUCUCUCUCUCCCUAUAACAAAAGGCCUAUUUCUUCUCUCUCUAAAUUUUCAUUGCGUUGUUUUUUGAGGUUAUUCUUAUUCCCAUCAUUCUCGUAUAUUGAGUCUGUGUAUGGCAGUAAGAUUAUCACUCUCAACGCAUGAAGUUUCCGACCUCUCCCUCGGCAAACCACCACUCCGCUCCAUUUCUAUCACCGACACCAUAGCCGACGCUCUUAACGCCAUCAAGAAACACGCUGAAUCCUACAUCAGCGUUUGGAAUUGUCACCAUUCCAUCAACAGAAAACCUCCUCAAACCCUAAUCAAAGAGGACUUUGAAUUUCAUUGCAAAUGUAUCGGAAAAGUUUGCAUGGUCGAUAUUAUUUGUUUCCUUUGCAGACCGGAGAAUCUCUCUUCCCCGGCCGCAGCUCUUCGGUCUCCAGUUCCGAUUCUUCUUGCAGACGACCGUUCAUCUCUCGUUCGACAUAUUCAACCCAAUGCCAGUUUAUUGGAGACUAUAGAUGUAAUGGAUGAAGGGGUGCAGAAUGUGGUGAUGCCAAUAUCCGAUGAGAACAAGUGUAAGAAAAAGGAGAAUGAGAUUUUGCACAAUGAUAAGCGUGCAUAUUGUUGGCUAAGUCAAGAGGAUGUAAUGCGCUACCUCCUCAACUCAAUCGGGACAUUUUCCGAUACUCCUGCACAAUCCAUCGACAAACUCGACAUUAUAGACACACAAAAUCUAUAUUUUCUUUACUUUGAUGACCCUGCAUCCUCUGCUUUAGAGCUUCUCACUGCUUCCAUUGUGCACCAAUCCUCUGUUGCAGUCGUUGAUCCGCAAGGCAAACUCAUUGGAGAAAUCUCACCCUUUAUGUUGAACUCUUGUGAUGAAAUUGAUGUCCCUGCAAUUGCAACUCUCUCAGCUGGUGAUCUCUUAGCUUACAUCGACUGCGGUGGUCCACCGGAGGAUUUAGUUCAGCUGGUAAAGGAGAGGCUGCAUGAGCAGAAUCUCGACAACGCGGCUGUGGAGUUACUUGGGGAGGGAUCAGAGCUUUCAUCUUGGUCUUCGUUUUCUUCGACUUCAUCGGAGGAAGAUAUUUGCUCAUUAGGGAAGAAUUGGAAACUUGGAGGAUUCUCUUCAAGGAUUAUGAGAAGGUCAGAGGCUAUUGUUUGUUACCCUUGGAGCUCUUUGGUUGCUGUAAUGAUUCAAGCACUUUCUCAUCGUGUGAGUUAUGUCUGGGUGGUACAAGAAGAUGGUACCUUGUAUGGGAUUGUUACUUUUCAAAGUAUGUUGAGAAUUUUCAGAGAACACUUGAAAUCAAUGUCCUAACACACACAUGUGUUAGUGUAGCAUAGCACUCACUAUGUCAUCAUCAUCAACUAAAUAAUAAUUCUUAGGUUGCUAUCACAUCUCAAGGAAUCGCAUGUGAUGUAUGUAGGUAAAACGGAUAUUCUGCCUACAUAAGCAAGAUUUGUUUUUUGUUCUCAAAUGGGUAAAGAAACCAAUUUUCUUUUUUCUAUUCGAUUAUGUGCAGCAUUUGUGCACAAUAUCUACCUGCUAUCUAGUAAUGUGACUUUUUGUUUUUAUUCUUUGA